AUGGGUUUCCUUUCCUUAACAGCACGUACAGACACGGACUUUUACUGUAAUGGAAAAGGUACUCCAUAUUACCUGGGAAUCAAGGAGCAAAAUCUCUGUCUCUGCUGUACAGAAAUCCAGGGCCAGCCUACUUUGCAGCUUAAGGAGGAAAAUAUCGUGAACCUACGUGGGAACUUCAAAGGGCAGGAGCCCUUUCUCUUUUUCUGCAUCGAGGAGGUCUCCACUUUCGUCUUUCAGUCAGUCUCCUGCCCAGGCUGGUUCAUAGCUACCUCCUAUGGUGGGCAGCCCGCCACUCUCACCAAGGAGAGGGGCAAAACCGAAAACACUAACUUCUACUUAGAGGGUGAAAACUAAAUCCAGCCUGGGCUCUAGGUGGCUGGAUCAAGCAGUCAGAGAUUCUUCUGUUUGAAAACACAAUGGGUCAUCUUAAGAGACCACCAUGCACUGAUGCCCACCCAUGGUCUACCUCAUUCUCAUCACUCCAAAACCAUCUCAUCCUCUGGACACCCUCUAGAUAUCCUCAAGGUAUACCAUGCCCCCCCCCCCCACUUGAGCAUCAUUCCAGGGUGAACCUACGAGUCACUUUUGAUUCUUUCUUGAUCUUGUCCCACCAUCCACCUAGUUAAGU